AUGGUGUCUGGAGAAGUCCCUAGUAGUUUUGAUGCUUACAAGAGGAAGAAGUUCUUCAAGGAUGCUAGGCAUUACUAUUGGGAUGAGCCUUACUUGUACAAGAGAGGACCAGAUAGCAUUUACAGGAGAUGCAUAGCUGAAGAAGAUGUACAAGGAGUUCUAGAGCAAUGCCAUGGGUCAGCUUAUGGAGCAAGUUACAUUGCCAAGUGUGAUCCAUGCCAAAGGAAAGGAGGAAUCACCAAGAGGGAUGAAAUGCCACUAAACCCAAUUCUAGAAGUUGAGAUCUUUGAUGUAUGGGGAAUAGACUUCAUGGGACCUUUCAAGCCUUCCUCAAACGGGCACAACUACAUUUUGGUUGCUGUGGACUAUGUGUCCAAAUGGAUUGAAGCCAUUCCCUGCCCAGCCUGUGAUGCCUAA